AUGUGCGCGGCGGGGAGGCGCUGGGGCCGGCGGCAGCGAGCUCUGCUCUGGGCCGUGCUGCUGGCAGCGUGGGAGGCGGCGUGGGGGCAGCUGCGCUACUCGGUGCCCGAGGAGAUGCCCAAGGGCUCCUUCGUGGGCGACGUGGCCAAGGACCUGGGGCUGAAAUUACCGGAGAUCCGAGAUCGCGGCUUUCAAAUUGUCUCCGAAGGUAGGACGAAGUAUUUCGCUUUGCACGGGAAGACGGGACAUUUAGUGACGGCAGAGAGGAUCGACAGAGAGCAGCUGUGCCGGCUGGUGGAGAAAUGCGUGCUGCGCUGUGAGCUGAUAGUGGAGGGACAGAUGCAGGUUUACCGAAUCGAAGUGGAAAUCACGGACAUUAACGACAACGCACCGAGCUUCAAGGAAAGUGAGGUUGAAGAGAGGAUUAGCGAGACGACAGCUCCCGGGUCACGGUUUUCCCUUGCCAGGGCCCACGACCCGGACUCGGGCCGGAAUUCCCUGCAGAGCUACGAGCUGAGCGGUGACGAGCACUUCUCGCUGGCCGUGCAGGCGGGCCCCGGCGGCGAUCAGCGUCCCGAGCUGGUGCUGGCGAAGGCGCUGGACCGGGAGGAGGCGGCGUUUCACGAGCUGGUGCUGCGGGCGAUGGACGGCGGCGAUCCGGCCCGGACGGGCACGGCUCGGAUCCGCGUGACCGUGCUGGACGCGAACGACAACGCGCCGGUGUUCAGCCAGGCGGAGUACACGGUGCGUGUGCCCGAGGACGUGCCCGUGGGCUCCACCCUUGUGAUCAUGACGGCUACGGACGCCGACGAAGGGCUGUACGGGGAAAUUAAAUACUCUUUGAAGAAAGAGGGGGACACAGCUUUUUUCCAUGUGGACUCUGAGAGUGGAGCGAUCAGUCUGUUGCGGAGCCUGGACUUCGAGGAAGCCGAGUCCUUUGAACUGGAGGUGCAGGCUCGGGAUGGGGGAGGUCUUUUCGACGCUGCCAAAGUCACGAUCAGCGUCACAGACAUAAACGAUAACGCACCAGUGAUAUCUGUGCGGUCAUCGCUAAGUGAGAUUUCCGAAGACGCCCCCUCGGGGACGGUGGUUGCACUGCUACAAUUGCAGGACCGGGACUCGGGGGCGAAUGGCGAGGUGCGCUGCUCGAUCGACAAAGAAGUUCCGUUCCGGCUGGAGAAGUCUUUUGACGAUUACUACCGCGUGGUGACAGCGAGAGAGCUGGACCGGGAGCAGGUGUCGGAGUACAACGUGACGGUGCGGGCGGCCGACGGCGGGCGGCCGGCGCUGCAGAGCAGCGCGGUGCUGGCGCUGCGGGUGCUGGACGUGAACGACAACGCGCCGGUGUUCGCGGAGGAGCGCUACAGCGCGCGGCUGGCGGAGAACAACGCGGCGGGCGCGCUGGUGCUGACGGUGCGCGCCACGGACGCGGACUGGGGGCAGAACGCGCGCGUGCGCUACCGGCUGGCGGAGGGGCGGGUGCGGGGCGCGCCGCUGUCGUCGUACGUGUCGGUGCAGGCGGAGACGGGCGCGCUGUACGCGCUGCGCUCCUUGGACUACGAGCAGCUGCGCGAGCUGCAGCUGUGGGUGCGUGCGGAGGACGGCGGCGCGCCGGCGCUCGGCAGCAACGUGUCGGUGCGGCUGGAGGUGCUGGACGAGAACGACAACGCGCCGCAGGUGCUGUACCCGCCGGCGGCCGCGGCGCUGGGCUCGGGCGCCGCGUGGUCGGGCGUGGAGCUGGCGCCGCGGCGCUCGGAGGCCGGCGCGCUGGUGGCCAAGGUGGUGGCGGUGGACGCGGACGCGGGGCAGAACGCGUGGCUGUCCUACGAGCUGGCCAAGGCCACGGAGCCGGGGCUGUUCCGCGUGGGGCUGCACAGCGGCGAGGUGCGCACGGCGCGCUCGCCGCUGGCCCGCGACGCGGCGCGCCACAGCCUGGUGGUGCUGGUGCGGGACCACGGGCGGCCGGCGCUGUCGGCCACGGCCACGCUGAGCGUGGUGCUGGCCGAGAGCGUGGCCGAGCUGCUGGCCGAGCUGGGCAGCGCGGCCGACGAGGCGGCGGCGCCGGGCGAGCCGGCCGCCAGCCUGACGCGCUGGCUCGUGCUGGCCGUGGCCGCCGUGUCGUGCCUCUUCGUGGCCUUCCUGCUGCUGCUGCUGGCGCUGCGCCUGCGCCGCUGCCACCGCCGCCAGCUGCUGCCGCCGGACGGCGGCGCCUUGCGCGGCGUGCCCGUGUCGCACUUCGUGGGCAUCGACGGCGUGCGCGCCUUCCUGCAGUCCUACUCGCACGACGUGUCGCUCACGGCCGACUCGCGCAAGAGCCAGCUGCGCCUCUCGGCCGCCGCCUGCUGCGACACCCUCCCGGCCCGGCCGCCGCCCGACGAGCCCGCGCCGCUGCUCGGGGACGAGGACCCUACCGGCGCCCUCCCCGCGGAUCCCACCCCUCCCUCGCACGCGACAGGACAUGUCAGAGAGAAACGGCUCGGAGUGGAGUUACGGAAGUUCUUCUGCGCGGGCGGUUGGCAGCGGGGAGCGGCCCCGGGGCCGGUGCAGCCGCUGAGCCGCGCCCAAAGCCGGGCCCCGCCGAGCGCGGCCAUCGGGCGGCUGCAGCGGCGCGGCGGCGCCUCCGGGUGUCGCUGUUGGCCGCCGCCGAGCGGCGCUGGAGCCGCCGCCGCCGCCGCCGCAGCGUCCUGCCCCCGCAGGCUGCUCGCUCGCCCGGCGCCGGCCACAGCGGCAGCGGCAGCGGCCGCAGCAGCGGCGGCGAGAGGCGGCGAGAGGCGGCGCGCCGAGCUCGGUGCCUUUCGGCGGUGUCGGCCGCGGGCGGCGAGAGCGGCUGGAAGGGCGGCGGGGCGGCGGCAGGAGGCAGGAGCGCGGCGAGCGCGGCGGGCGGAGAAUGGCGGGGAGGCGGCGGCAGAGGCGCGGGCCGGGCGGCGGCGAGCGCUGCUGGCCGCGGUGCUGCUGUGCGUGUGCUGCCGGGCGGCGGCCGAGCGGGUCCGCUACGCCAUCGCCGAGGAGCUGGGCAGAGGCUCGCUCGUGGGGCCGCUGGCGCGGGACCUGGGGCUCAGCGCCGACGAGCUGCCGGCGCGCAAGCUGCGGCUGAGCGACGAGAAGCAAUACUUCACGGUGAAUGAGGAGAACGGGAACCUGUACGUGAACGAGAGGCUGGACCGGGAGGAGAUGUGCGGCGACUCGGCGACCUGCUCCGUCAGCUUCGAGGCGCUGGUGCACAGCCCGCUGAACGUUUUCCACGUUGAUGUGGAGAUCGAGGACGUGAAUGACAACUCCCCGGUCUUCAGCAAAGCUGCUCUAGAGCUGGAGAUUGGUGAAUGGACUCUCCCCGGUGCUCGCUUUCUGCUGGAGAUGGCCCGCGAUAUGGACAUGGGCAGCAACUCUCUGCUGACUUAUCAGCUCACCAGCAACCCAUCCUUCACUUUGGCCAUGAAGGAAAGCCCUGGUGGAAAAAAACAGCCGGAAUUGGUGCUGGAGAGAGCGCUGGACCGGGAGAAGCAGAGUUCCUUUGAGCUGGUGCUGAUAGCAGUGGACGGCGGGAACCCCGCGAGGUCUGGGACUGUUCUGGUUCUUAUCAACGUGACAGACGCCAAUGACAACCCGCCCGUGUUCAGCAAAAGCGUCUACGAGGCGCGAGUGGCAGAGAAUCUGCCAGCGGGGUCGGUGGUGCUGUGUGUGCAGGCGAAGGAUGCGGACGCGGGCGCUAACGGGAGAGUCUUUUAUUCCUUCGGCAACGUCCCGGAGAGCAUCCGCUCGCUGUUCACUAUUGACAGUGAGAGUGGUGAGGUGAGGACGGCGGGUCCCCUCGAUUUUGAGGGACAGAGUAAAUACAGCUUUCGGCUGGAGGCGAGGGACGGUGGAGGGCUCACUGAUCUCUGUGAAGUGCAGAUCAACAUCACCGAUGAGAAUGACAACGCCCCGGAGAUUACGAUUUUGUCGCUUUCGAGUCCCGUAUCUGAGGACGCUCCGGUGGGCACCGUGGUGGCCGUGCUGAAAGUGCGGGACAGGGACUCGGGCGAGAACGGUCAGGUGUCGUGCGAGCUGUCGGGCGAGGCGCCGCUGUCGCUGGUGGCGUCGUCGGGCGGCUCGUACAAGGUGGUGACGGCGAGCGCGCUGGACCGCGAGCAGGCGUGCGAGCACCGCGUGACGGUGGUGGCCCGGGACCGGGGCAGGCCGGCGCUGCGGAGCAGCAGGGAGCUGGUGCUGGAGGUGUCGGACGUGAACGACAACGCGCCGGUGUUCGAGGAGGCGGCGUACAGCGCGUACGUGGCGGAGAACAACGCGGCGGGCGCGCUGGUGCUGCGCGUGCAGGCGCGGGACGCGGACGCGGGCGCCAACGGGCGCGUGAGCUACUGGCUGGCGGGCGGCAGCGCGGGCGCGGCGGGCGCGGCGCCGCUCGUGUCGGUGGAGGCGCGGAGCGGCGCGCUGUACGCGCAGCGCUCCUUGGACUACGAGCGGUGCCGCGAGUUCGCGGUGGCCGUGCGGGCGCAGGACGGCGGCUCGCCGGCGCGCAGCUCCACGGCCACGGUGCGCGUCUUCGUGCUGGACCGCAACGACAACGCGCCCAGGGUGCUGUGGCCGGCGGCGGCGGCGGCGGCGGCGGGAGAGGCGGCGGCGGGAGGGGCGGCGGCGCCUUUCGAGGUGGUGCCGCGCUCGGCCGAGGCCGGCUACCUGGUGGCCAAGGUGGUGGCGGUGGACGCGGACGCGGGGCGCAACGCGUGGCUGUCGUACGAGCUGGUGGCGGCGUCGGAGCCGGCGCUGUUCCGCGUGGGGCUGCACAGCGGCGAGGUGCGCACGGCGCGCGCCGUGUCCGAGCGGGACGCGGCCAAGCAGCGUGUGGUGGCCGUGGUGAAGGACCACGGGCAGCCGGCGCUGUCGGCCACGGCCACGCUGCACGUGGUGCUGGCCGAGAGCUUGCAGGAGGCGCUGCCGGAGCUGAGCGAGCGGCCGGCGGGCGCCGAGGCGGCGGCGGCGGCGGCGGCCGAGCUGCAGUUCUACCUGGUGCUGGCGCUGGCGCUGCUGUCGGCGCUCUUGGUGCUGAGCGUGGCGCUGGCCGUGCUGGCGCGGCUGCGCCGGGCCGGGCCGCCCGCCGUGCUGCGCUGCCUGGGCGCGCAGCGCUUCUCGCUGGCCGGCGCCGCCUUCCCGGCCGACUUCUGCGAGGGCACCUUGCCCUACUCCUACAACCUGUGCGUGGCGCCGCCGGCCCGCGCCCCGCCCGAGGCCGCUUGGCCGCCGCCGCCGGUGCCCAUCCUGUCGGCGGAGGAGCUUCUGGGCGGGGAUUCCUGCCACAAGCCGAGCCUGAGCAGCAGCGCCCUGACGGGAGAGCCGCCGGCCGGCUCGGAUGCACCGCAGGUCUGUAAAGUGAAUUCUUUCGUUCUGCGCCUUUAUAUAACGGCGUGCUGGUGGCCGUGA